AUGCCUCCUCUGUCGGCAUACACUUCGUUUGAGUCCCUCCUGUUUUUCCAGUCUCUGGCGACCUCCGAUUCCCGACCAACAAGCUUCGGCUCAAUCUCAACCCUUUUGCGCAACAACCAGCUCGUGCGCGAGAAUGUCGAUUUCGAUGCCGAUCGCCUGACCCCGGAGGCGCUGGAAGAUCUCUAUGCGACAUUAAUGCGCGAUGGAUUUAGUCGUGAUGGUGUGCUCUCGGUCAACGGACGACCCGCAGAUACCUCUAGUCCGCCUAAGCCAAAGAAACGCAAGAUCUCCAGUCCGCGACCAGAUGGGCUGACCGGCGGAUUCACCCAUGCUACGCUCGUCCCAGAGCUAGUGACCCACCUUUACGCCAAAUACAGAGAUCUAGUCACCAGGGAAAUUAGGGACGAUGAGAAAAAGUACACAGAAAUUAGGGCUGAGCUGGAACGGCUACAGCAGGAGGGCGACAAACCAGCUGCUGCCGCAGCUACAGCACUCACACCGGUGAAGCCGGUGCCUACCGAAGGGGAGGAUGCUGUUAUGAAGGAAGAGGUGCCGCACCCACAUGUACAAGAUGAGACAACCCAACCUGUUCCGACGACCAUCCCGCUCGCCCAAGACAAGGCCAAGCCCGAACCACAGCACAUUGCAAUAAAUGUGCCCCCUACGACAAACGAGCCUCCUACACCACACCCCGUCCCUCCUGUGACCCAACCUCAAGCCCCACCUCCCCAAGUGCAAACCACGACACCCAACAUAGCUGGGAACGCACCUCAACCGCAGCCGCUCACCACUCAUCCCCUACCAAAACCGUCCAUCCAACCUACGCUUGCGCAAUCUACCCAAAAAGUCCCUCCAUCCACACCGGCCGGGCCGCGCGUAGCACCGGCACAUCCGUCGCAAAUCGCACCUCGUGCCAAUCCCGCCCCACCUGCGCCCAUUACUACAGGUAAGGCUGGCCCGUUGGCACCGGCGUCCCAGCGAACCCCCGCUCAGCCGAGCUUCCAGCAGUGGCAGCUGGAUCCUUCUCCUCACUCACCAUACCCGAUCGCCUCCCCAGUUGCUGCUACACCUCAAGCGGCCCAGGCUACUACCAAGCGACCUGUGCCACCACUUCCCACCAACUCGCCUUUGCCCGGGUCACAAGCCCAGGCUCCUCUCCAACCUCCCGUUCCACAGACACCCAGCGCCGUCCCGUCCGCAGUUCAUACACCUGUUCCAAUCGGCCGGCCGCGUGUUUCCCAAACCCCGAGUGCCACAUUCCCUUCUUUCUCCGAAUCGCGCGCCUCCCAUCCACGCCUGUCAAUUGAUACGCAAGGAUCCUCCACACCAUGGAAGAGAACCCCUCGCCCGAGGGUUUCGCGCUCUCCAAGCUCACCGCCAAGGCCACGGCCGGAGGACGUCAGUCCCAUCAGUGAACGAGACCAAUCACCCGUUGAUGCGAUGGAAAUGUCACCUCCCCCAAGGAUCAAUCUAGGCCAACGAGCUCCAUCUACAGAAGACAGGAGACCACGACGCGGCCAGCCUGACACCAAACCCGCCCCCGUCGUAAAGACCGAGAAACUAGCUUCAAUUCAGAGGACGCGUGCCGUAAGUUCGACUUCUUCCCGGAGUCGCGGGCGAUCCAUGGCAUCUCGCGAUGGAUCUGCUGCGCCAUCGGAAGACACUCUACGUGAAUCACGGGUCUCGGGCCGCCGGAAGGGUGUAGCUGCUCCCGCCGACGAAGGGACGCCCAAACCGCGGAUAAAACGUAAACGCGGCGCAAGUGAGGCAGUGGAACUGGAACCCCACCCUGCGGAUAUCCCCAGAUUCGACACGACUCAGUAUGUCAUGGCUACGCGCAAUUUCCACCGGACUGCGGCACCGAUUAUGAACGAUGUAGCCACGCACAAGCUUGCCUCCAUCUUUGCCAAACCAAUUAGCGAGCGCGACGCCCCGGGCUACCACGAUCUCAUCUAUCGGCCAUCUGACCUCAAGUCAAUCAAAUCUGCCAUCCACCAGGGAAGCAAAGCUGUCGCAACCGCAGGAGAAUCAGCAAGCACCCCGGCUGGGGAUGGAGAGUCUCCUGUUCCUGGUGGCACACCGUCAAAAAGCGGUGUGCUCAUGUUGCAGAAGAAUGAGGAUUUCAUACCACCCAAGGGAGUUGUGAACUCUGCACAACUGGAGAAAGAGUUGAUUCGCAUGUUCGCCAACGCUAUCAUGUUCAAUCCAAUUCCUCAGCGAGGAUUCGGGCCUGCCUUCCCCAUGUCUAGUGACCGCGGUUCGCGCGAGAGUACCCAACUGGGCGAUUCCGACGAGGGCGGUAUCAUCCAGGACUCGUUGGAGAUGUUUGAAGACGUUCAGCAGGCCGUUACCCGAUGGCGGGCCGCUGAACGCACUGCUGAUGAAUUGGCUAAUAAGAAUGUCCUCUCCCUUCGGCGUGGAAGUGCCAGUGAUUUCAACACUGACAGUACUGAUGAUGUGAAGGGGUGA